AUGGAUGAACUCUUUUUUAAAGUAUAUAAAAAUUUAUUUUUAAGAAAUAAAAUAUUUUAUCAUAUUUCAAAUGAUAAAUUAAACUAUGAUGAACUCUCUCAAUACAAUCACUUGAAUAGAAUAAAAUUUAAACAUAUCUCUUCUUUAAAAUUUAUGGUUGAAAAAAAUCAAUUUCCAUUAUUAAAUUAUAAAUUAAAAAGUGGAGAAUUUGUUCAAAUUAAUAGAGAUGGUAUAGAAUUAUUAUUUAAAAAAGUAUUAAUAAAACAACAACAAUCACAAUCACAACAACAAUCACAACAACAACAACAAUCACACGAAUCACAAGAAGAAUCAUUAUUAUUAUUAUUUAAUUUAAAAAGAGAAAUUUUAUUUAAAAUUUCAAAUUUAUUAGAAUUAUCAAUUAAAUUUAAUAAUUUAAAUUUUAUAAAAUAUUUAUUUAAAACUCAAAAAUCAGAUAAAGAAAAUGAAAUAAAUAAAGAAUUAGAUAUAUAUUAUAAAAAAUUUGAAAUUGAUUCAACAACUAUUGAAUAUGCUUUAUCAAAUUCAUCUUCAAUUGAAGUUAUGGAAUAUUUAUAUAAUGAAAUUAUAAUAAAUAGUAUUGGUAGUAGUGGUAGUAAAUUAUUAAAAGGAAAGAUUGAAAAUAAAUCAUUAAAAUUAUCAACAAUAAAUGGAUCAAUAGAUAUUAUUCAAUGGGUAUUAAAUAAAGGAUUAUAUAAUGAAAUUAAUUUUAAAGAAAUGGAAAAAAUUCAUUUAAAUCAUUUAUUAAAUAUUAAAUCAAAUUUAACAAUUUCAAUAAAAUUAUUAGAAAUGAAUUUAUUAGAUAGAGAAAAUGAUAAUGAAACUAAUAUUUGUUCAAUUGUUGUUGAUAAAAUUAUUAAAACUUUAAAAGAUAAAUCAAUUCAAGAAUUAAUUUAUUAUAAUUUAUUAUUAAAUAAUAAAAUUGAUGGUAGUGGUAGUGAUAAUGAAGAUUAUAUAAAAAAAUUAAAAAUUUUAAUACUUAAAUCACCAAUGUCAUCAAUUGAUAAAGAAUUAUUAUAUUUUGAAUAUUUAGUAGAUUAUGAUGAUGUUAUAGCAGAUUUACCAUUAUUUGAUUCAGUUGUUUAUGAAUAUACAUUUUCAUUACUUUCAAUCAAUGCUUUAAAAUAUUUAACAAGUAAAAGUUUGAGUAGACAAAGUAAAAUCUCACCGGAAUGGUCAAAUACUUUAAAAGAGAAAUAUUUAAAUAAUUAUUAUACAUAUAAGGAUAAACUAUUUGAUGGUAGUAAAGAAAGUGAGAAUAGAAUAAUCGAAUUCAUAAAUCAAUAUUGCCAAUAUAGGUCUCAAGAAAAUCUUAAAAAAGAUACAGGUUUACAAUUUUUAUUUUGGCCAACAUUUGCAAAUUGUUUAUUAUACUAUAGAGAAUUUUCAGUUGACUUGGUUGAAAAAGUAACAAAUAUUAAAGGAUUCCCAUACAGAGAGAGUUUUAUUAAUAUUGAUUUCCCUGUUGGUGAAAUAUCACCAAUGAAAAAAUAUCAAUGGUAUUAUGAAAAUGUUAUUUUACCUAAUUAUAGAGAUAAUCAAAUUGAAUACUAUGGCUUAAAUCAAUACUUAUCAACAAUACAAUGUAAACAAGAUGUUGAUUUUAUAUUUAAAAUUAGAAAUCCAUCAAUUAAACUUGAAAUUAAAUUUUUACCAAUUUCAAUGAAUUUAUUAGAGAGCGAUGAUGAUGAUAAUAAUAAUUCAAUUUCAAUUUCAAAUUAUUUUAAAUCAUUAUUUAAACAUAUUCCAGAUUAUUAUUGUUUUUCAAUACCAUUUUUAAAAUCAUUAUUAACAUUUAAUUUAAAGAUUUUAAAAGAAUUGGAUUUAAAAAUUGGUGUUGUAUUUAAAAACUUUGGUUCAAGAGAAAUUUUAGCAAAAACUGAUUAUAAAAAAGAAUUUUUUAAUGAAAUUACAAAUCAAAUUGAAAAAGAUAAAAUUAUUGAAUUUUUCGAUUACCUAAAUCAAUCAAAUUAUAGAAUUUUCGAUUGUCAAACUUGGAUUUUAUAUAUUUCUUCAUUAUUUAAAUCAUUACAUGUUACUUUAGAGGGUGAAAAUAAAAUUGAAUUAUUAAAACAAUUAAAUAUAAAUUAUAAUCAAUUUCAAAAUGAAUCAAUUAUGUUGGUAAUAAAUUUUAUAUUUGAAAAUAAAUUUGAAGAAGCAUUAAUAAUUUUAUCAUCAUUAAAUUUUAAUAGCAAUAUUGAUUCAAUUAAAUUGAAUGAUAUCAAUGGUUUCGUUUAUCAAACUCAACAAUAUUGUUUUUAUAAAGUUGCUGAAGAUGAUGGAUUUAGAAAGAAAAUUUAUAAAAAUAAAUUUCAAUUUCAAUUGGUUUUUAAAGUUUUAGAAUUAAUUUUAAAAAAUUGGAAUUUUAAAAAAGGUGGUAGUGGUAAUGGUAGUGGUGGUGGUGAUGAUUAUUAUAAUGAUAUAUUAGUACCAUUAUUUGAACAUUUAUAUAAAACUAUUAUACAAUGUUUUGAUUCAAAUUAUUAUAAUAUUAAAUUAGUUAGAGAUAUUUUAUUAUCAAUUGGUAAUUAUAAAGUUUCUGAAGAUUUAUUUGAAACUUUUAAUUAUUUAACAAUUAAAUCAAUUAAAAUUUCAUCUUUUAUAAUUUCAAAAGAAAGAUUUAAUUAUUUAAUUAAAAAAAAAGAUAAAGAUUCAUCAAGACUUUUACAAGAUCCUUUCUUAUCUCAAUGUUUAAUGAAACCUGAAUUUUCAUUUGAUUCAAUUUUUAAUUCUAGUGAAACUCAAUUACUUUUAAAAUUACAAUCAUUAUUUCAAGAAAAUGAAAAUGAAAAUGAAAAUUAUAAUAAUUUACAACCACGUUUAUUUACUCAUCAACAUAUUAGAAUUGAUGUAUUUUCAGAUAAUGAAAAAGAUGUUUAUUUCUUUGGUAAUAUUGGUGAAAUUGAACCAUUAUUUAAAUGUUUUAAAGGAUUUUUAAAACAACAAUUACAACAAGAUCAAGAUCAAAAUCAAGACCAACUUCAUAAUGAUAAUAAUAAUAAUAAUACUUCAAAUAUUUUACUACAAGUUUUAUCAAAAAUAUUUGGUAAUUUUAAAGAUAAACAAUUAUUAAAUCGUUUUAUAAAUGAGUUUUGUAUUUCAAAUAAUAAUGAUAAUAAUAAUAAUAAUAAUUGUUUAGAUAUUAAUUUAGUUUUUAAAUCAGCAAUUCAAGUAUUACGUAUUGAUUUAUUAGAUUGGAUGUUAAAUGAUUGUAAAUUAAAAGAUAAAAUUAUUAUUGAUAGUUCAUUACAAUCUAUUCAUUCUUUGGUUGAAUUAAAUCAUAUUGAAUUCUUUACUUUUUUUAUUAAUAAUUGUAAAGCUUCUAUAAAAAUUAAUGAUGUUAAACAAUGGUAUAGUUUAUCUCAAUCUCUUGGUUAUCAAGAUUUAUCUAAUUUAUUUAUAAAUAAUUUCCCCACAAUCCAAACAAUUUAA